UUUCAGACCCAGAAAUUGACCGGCUGCCCCUGAUGGAAAGUCCAGGGCCAAUGCUGGUCAUAUUGACAGCAUAUUUGGCCUUUGUUCUGCGAGUCGGGCCCGCUUUUAUGAGGAAGCGACAACCGUAUAAGCUGACUACGACUAUGUUAGUGUAUAAUGCGUUGCAAGUGGCGAUAUCUGCGUAUUUAGUACAAAUGUUUUUCAAGAAUAUCCAUGAAUACGGUGUUACUCCGAAGAAAUGCCUCAUGACAAACGACUAUUCUCGUAAAGAUGUAAUCACCAGCCUUUGGAUAUACUUCAUCGCCAAAAUAACCGAAUUAGCCGACACAGUGUUCAUCGUCCUCCGUAAAAAAGACCGCCAAGUGACGUUUCUCCACAUGUACCACCAUACGAUCUUGGUGAUAGGCGGCUGGGGGAUCGUCAAGUACUGGCCAACGAACGCAUUGAUGUUCGCCGGCUUUCUGAAUUCGUUGGUUCAUGUGGUCAUGUACACGUAUUAUGGAUUGGCGAGUCUUGGGCCGAAUGUGACGAAGUAUUUGACGUGGAAAAAGUAUUUGACUACUUUUCAGUUGGUACAGUUCAUGUCAGUAAUAGUCCAGUACAGUACGGCCGUAUUCGUUUCCGACUGUCCUCCGAAGAAGUCUUUCAAUAUCUUCAUAGUCUUCAAUGCAUUAUUCUUCUUGCUGCUUUUCAGUCAUUUCUACAUGAAAACAUAUUCAAAGAAGAAGGAAUAAAUUGUGAAAAAACUAUAUUUAUUUACUUUUUCACCUCAGCAGGGGAACGAAUGCGGAUAAUUUUCUUCUUAAAUCAGUACGCGAAAUUAUAGUUUGUUGCGAACGUUAGACAAAAUGAUCAUGAGCGUGAGACAAAGUGAUCUCGAUUUCAAAGUGGAUUCGGGGUCGUAUUCGAAAUCAAAGUCAAAAUCGCAAUCGCAGUCCAGGCUCCACUCACAGUCUCAGUCACAGUCAAAGUCCGUCGCAGUGGAAACUGGGAACAGAAACAGAAAUAAAGGGGCCCACAGAUUACCAGUUCGCCGGACGACAUCAGCCUGUCAGUUAAUCGCAAAAGGCGACAGUUCCGAAUAACUGGCAGGCUGA